UUUAUUGGACAAAACUUAGAGCGAAAAUAAAAAGAAUUUUACAACGAACGAACCAUUUAAAACAAACCAAUGUGACAACGAAAUCCAAACAUUUCAAUAUUUAUUGGUACUUGUUCUAUGUGACGCACAUUCAAUUUAAGCCAGUUAAAAAGUGACAAUUUAAUUUUUUCCGAUUUUUUCCGAUUCAACUCAAAAUCGAUUGUAAUCGAAUACCAAUUUGUGUGUGAAAAUUAAGAAGAUAUGAAAUGAAUGUUGUGUAUUUGUGUGAUAUCAACACCUCACGGCAAUUUAAUUAACGAAUCGAUGCAUUGCAAAAUAGCGAAAAGAAGAAAAUAAGAAGCAAAACAUUUACUGGAAACAAAAGCGAAGUGAUUAUAACAAAAUAAAAUACCAUGAAAUCGAAUCGCCUUACGCAAUCGAAUAUUUAGUAUUCAGUAUUUAAAAGUAACCGUAGUUUUAGUGUUUGCAUAAAAAUAGAAAUCAAUAUUGUUACGUUAGAAAUGGCAUCAAAUACAUCCGAAGAAUAACCAACAUUCUGAAUUGGCACACGUACCAUAUUUUUUUCAUCUCUGUUGUUGUUGCUCUUUCCAACUGCAAAUUAUCAUUUGGCGAAUGCAAGACAACAAACAUCUCAAACCAAAGUGGUAUAAAGUUUCAUGAAUUUGUUGUGUGUGCAAGCAAGCUCGAGCAAACGAACGACAGCGUUUUGUGUGGUUUUGUGGCCAACCGGUUUAAUUCGAUUGUGUCAAAUUUAGAAUAUAUCGAAAAAAGACACAGAUUCAACUGGCGCCGUACACUUUGUGCCAAGCGUGCGACAGACUCCUCUAUAAAACGAUCAUUCAACAAACGAAAUUGCGCAUGUAUUUCAUUUCCAUCGACAAUUGAUGACCGUGGCUCCAAAAUAAAACACAGCAGACAGAGAACGAAUAAAAAUGCGACAAAAAGGCGCAAAAUGCAAAUGAUUUCAACAAAUCGUUUAAAGGAAACGAGAAACGUGAUCUAUACACAGUGCGCACACCAUUGAGCGCACACAAUAAAAUCAAAACCAAGCAAAAGAAUAAAAAAAAAUUAAAACGAAAAAAAGAAAGAACCGCGCCAAACCCACAGAACAAUUAAUUUUUACCGAAUUGUAUAGUUUCCCAAAAACAGACGAAAAAUAAAACACGACGAGAAAUAUUUAACAUCAGAGAACAUAAACCGCACAACCGAACACGAAUUAACAAAUAAAAGACACGAAAGAAUACGAAUAAACACACUGUCAAAAGUUCAGUGAACACAAAAAAAAAUACUAGAUCCAAACGGAAGAAAAGUGAAAGAAAAAAAACGUUCACAUAUUUAUUUGAAAAGAAAUGAACAACUAAACUUGAAACGAAAAAAAAAAAAUAGAAAAAAAAAUCAAAAACGAAACGACGAAAUAACAUAUAGCAAAAAUAAAAUACUACAACAACAACACCACACCAGCAACGACAGCGAAAAACCAAAGCAAAACUUAUAAUAAUCGUCGCCGAAGCAAAAUAGCAAUAACUAUUGGAUUGUGAUGGGGAAAUGUGAAUGCCUAAAUUGCAUAUUAUCGAGUGCUUCAUGAGCUUCGCCAAAUAGCUAAGCUAUAAGGUGGAUGCGAUAAAUCGUACGGCAUCAUUGCCUUUUUAUCUUUUCGUGAUCGCCAAUCGAUAUGAGCGAUUGCUGUUGGCAUUUUAUCGGCAAAUCAAAUAAACAGGAAAAAGUGAAAAAUUAAAAAAAAAAAUUACAUACACACACGGAAUCGGAAUAUAUUAGACGCUAGCACAUACUUUGAAUUGAAUCAACAUGAACGGAGUAACCGCAAUGGAUGAGAAUGGCGAGGGCGUCAAAAGUCCCAUCAAACGUCUUGGAUCCACUCGUAAAUUGAUGCUGUUCAACAAUAUACGAUUGCAGUUAAACGAACAGUUACGAUGUCUCGACGUUCGCAUGGAAUCACAAGUGUCAUUGAUUCAAGAGCUGCAAGACUUUUUUCGGCGGCGUGGCGAAGUUGAACUCGAUUAUAGCAGAAGUUUGGAUAAAUUGGCCAAAGGCAUUCAAUUACGGCACAAAGAACAAAAACAAAAGCGUGAACAAUGGCCAAUGUUUUCGACAUAUUCAUGCUGGCAACUGCUUGUCAAUCAGACAAAAGCAUUGUCAAAAGAUCAUGCAACUUUGUCAGAGAUAUAUACAACACAUCUGGUGGCACGAUUACAAACGGUCAUUGAAGAUGUGCAACGCAUCUAUAAAAAAUGCCGUGAAAUUGGCUAUGAAACGCACGAAGAAAUUUUACGUGUUCUACAGGAGUUGCACACAACUAUGAAAACAUAUCAUAGCUAUCAAACGGAAUGCAAAGCGGCUGAAGCAAAACUCCGCACCGCCGAAACGCAACGCAUGAAACUACAACAAACGAUACCAAAGGAAAAAUUGGAUCGUAGCAAAAAAUAUAGACUGAUCGAAAAGGAAAUGCUCAAGCGCAAAGUGAAAUACACCGACGCAAGACUGAAAGCUUUGAAAGCGAAAAAUGAAUAUCAGCUCUGUUUAGAGGCAUCGAAUACAACCAUCCAUAAAUAUUUUGUAGAAGAUCUAAGUGACUUGAUUGAUUGUAUGGAUUUGGGUUUUCAUUCGAUGAUGCAGCGUGCAUUAUUGGUGCAUGUAACCGGUGAUCAAGGACGUGGUCGUGCCAUUAUGCACAAUGCGGAUCAAAUGUCGCACACAAUUCAUGCAAUGGACAGUCGAGCCGAUAAGCAAAAAUUUUUGGAGCAAUAUCACAGCGCAUUUAUGAUACCGAAACGCUUAGAAUUUCAAGGGCAAUUGAGUGAAGAGUUGGCCGUUGAGCCAGAGCUACAGAAGGCAUUGCAUUCAGAAAUGGAACAACGGCUACAGCAUCUUGGUCAACGUGUUGGCAAUUUGCGUAUGGAAUCGGAAGAAAUUUGGAAAACACUUGAAACGGCCGAAAUCAAUUUGCUAGAGAUAUUGAAUACAAAAGAUUAUGACAGCAGUAGCCAUUUUGGCGAUAGCACAACACAAGCAGCCAAACCCGACAAUUUGACGCAAAAACUCAAAUCUGAUAAACAGGAAAUAGAGGAAUUUUAUAUAACAAAAAUUCGCGAAUAUAUUUUGGGAACAUCACGAAUUGCGCGUCUCGAUGCCAAGGCAGAAUUGUUACGAACUGAAUUGGCAAAAGAUUCGUCGCUCAAUUCGAAUGCAACACUUUUGGUAAAAUCUCAAGUGCCGAAGCGAAAGCGUAUCGGUCGCAUGAACAUGACCGGUCAACCGAAACUCUUUGGGGGAUCCCUUGAAGAAUACCUUGAGGCAACCGGCGAGGAAAUACCAUUGAUUAUGCGAAGUUGCAUUCGUGUCAUAAACUUAUACGGCCUUCAUCAUCAGGGUAUUUUCCGAGUGUCUGGUUCUCAGGUAGAAAUAUCAAAUUUCCGCGAAGGUUUCGAACGUGGUGAAGAUCCAUUGGCCGAUACAACCGAUGCGUCCGACAUCAAUUCCGUUGCAGGUGUACUCAAAUUGUAUUUACGUGAAUUACGCGAACCUCUGUUUCCCAUCAUUUAUUUCGAUCACUUCGUUACACUUGCCCAACUUGAAUCGAAGCAUGAACUUGUGAUGGGCAUACGGAAAUUUUUGCAGAGUUUACCACGAUCAGUUGUGAUUGUGAUGCGAUAUUUAUUUGCAUUUUUGAAUCAUUUGUCAGAAUACUCCGAUGAGAAUAUGAUGGAUGCAUAUAAUUUGGCAAUUUGCUUUGGACCCACAUUGAUGCCAGCACCAGAGGAAAAAGAUCAAGUCCAGUGUCAAAAUCAAGUGAACGAUUUGAUAAAAAACAUGAUUGUAUUCCACGAAGAUCUAUUUCCAAAAGAUCUUGGCGGCACGAUUUACGAAAAAUACAUUUCACAAGAGCCGUUCGAUUGUGAUGUCGGCGAUUCGCCAACCGAACAAGUCACCGAAGAUCCAGACUCAGAAGUUUAUCCAUCCGAAGAUGAAUCUGAUACAAUGGAGGCGACAGCUCAAUUUGAUUUCAUUGCACGUUCCGACCGUGAGUUAUCGCUACGUAAAGGCGAUUUGGUGACGCUGCGAAAGCAAGUAUCGAAUGAUUGGUGGCAGGGCACUGUUCGCGGCAAAGACGGUUUAAUACCCGAUAAAUACAUAUCGCUCAAGAUAAAAGAUGAAGAUCGUGAUAAAUCGUGUGACCAUUUGAAAUCCUCAAGUUCGGAGGAGUCAGUGCGGAAGCGACGACCAAGUGGAAAUAUUUCGAUAAAUAGUCAAUUGUCGAUAUUUUCCCAAACGACAAUGUCCACCGAAUUAGAUACGCAGCAUCCAUCAUCACAACAAGGACAGCCACAGCAACCACCGCCACUCGCAUCACAGCAAUCACAAUCGACUGGUUCGCAUCACUCGACUCAUCAUUCACAUCCGACGACACCGCAUGCGCAAUCAAAACCGAUCAAAAUUUCGGGCAAUGAAUCAACAAAAUCGAGUUCAUCAUCAACAUCGGCCGAAAGCAGUGCCGAUUCAACCGAACGUUUAAUUCUAACGAAACAAAAUACAAUUGUUAAAGCGAGCGGAUCUGGAUCGGAUGAAAAUGGUGAUGAUUUCCAUUAUGAAGCGAUCGUCGAUCCAAAUGUCACAAAACCAAAGUACGCGUAUCACGAUGAACCGCAUUCAUUUGAAAAUUCCAUGGAAUUUCUGGAGGACUAUAAAAAUUUUCAAUAUGAGAAAAAGCGUCCCUCUGAGCCGGUCUAUGCCGAACCAAUAAAACCAUCGGCUGUCAAUUUUAAAGCAACACCAGCGGCCAGAGGUAGUGGUGGUUCAACGGAUGCAUCACAAUCCGAUGAACCGGAUGCUGUUCAAUUGCGUCACGGACCAAAGACAAAUGAGAACGAUACAAUGGCAGAAACGGAGCAAGUAACCUAUGAAAAUACAUCCAUUUUGAAUACGGAGAAAAGUGGAAAGGCUCGUCAUUCCGACUCUAAUUUGAUGAAUGAAUAUUCAAAUUCGAAUCGUGAUAGUGAAACAGUUGCAUUAGUUCAACGAUCCGUAAAUAAUGCACAACGUAAAUAUCACUCGAAAAGUUUUAGUUUAUCAGAGAAUCGUGUGGCGGCCAAUUUGAAUCUAUUCCAACAAAAUCGUGAAUUAUGGGAAAAACGCACCGAAAUGCAGUCAACGCAUAGUUUAACUGCUCCACGUAUUUUAACACGAAAUCGAAUUGCACCCGAUCUUGUAAUGGAUUUACCGAUUUCAAAUAAGGAAUGUGCUGUGAACAGUUCACGUGAAUCGUUAAAUUCAAGCGAUGAUACAGGCGUUAUUGAUGGUGCCAAUGCAAGCGGUUCAAAAACCGUCGGGAAUGAUGUUGUCAAUUCGAAAUCGAUUGAGGAUAUGACAUCAGCCGAACGAUUUGCCACACAAAGCCAAUGUACAUUGAAGAAAAAUGAACGAUUCUCAGCGGGACCGGCACACAAUAAUGAAUGUAAUGAGUCGAUGCCAUUGCAAAAAGAAACACAAAUUGAUGUAAAGGCUGGCUCGAGCACUGUCCUUGCGGCUAGAAGUGGACAACAUGAAAAACCAAAAGCUGAAAUAAAACCACAAGAAAGUACAGUACUCAAAGAAUUCCAACGAACCAGCGAUAAUGGCUGUAGUGAAUCAUCGACACCGGCAAAAGACCAAGCAAACAUAAAAACAACCAAGGAUUUACAACACAAAAGUCCGAUACCAAGUCGAAAUACGCAAAAAUUUGUAAAUCAAUUUGCCGACUUGAAAUUAACGGGCGGAUGUAUGAGCAGCGGUGCAAAUACAACUGCCAUUAAUACCGUAUCCGAUUCAACAAAUUCACAACAACAGCCAACAUCUUUGUCCUCGUUUAAGCCACAAGUAAAAGUCAAGCCGCAAAUUUUGCGCAAACCGCUAGUCCUUCCACCAACCACACCCGAAUUGGUGCGACGCAACCAAGAGCCAUGAAAUCAAUUGAAUAAAAAACCAACCAAGAAUUGAGUUGCUAUGAUCACAUGUGAAGUCACAUGCAAAAUAAAAAUGAAUUUUUUUGGGCCAAUUCACAUACACACUCACAACAUAUUUGACAUAAAAUGAACAAAUUCAUCAACUCACAUAUAUAUAAUCCAUAUUUAAAAAAACAAAUGAAUAUUUUACUAUCAACAAAACGCAUAAAUCUAAUCUUCCUUUAAACGAAACAAAUUCUAUCGCAAUGCUGCAUACAUUGAACUAGAAAAUGAUGAGCUCAAAUCUUUGUUUUUUUACACAUUUUCAUUAUUAUUGAUUAUUAUUAUUAUUGCAAUUUAUUUAUAUCGUUAAUUUUAAGUAUUAUGUUUAGUUUUGACUACCCCCCAGACAGAAAAUAAAUAAAACCAAUAUUAAUUUUAAGAUUGACUAUGUUAAAAAAUCUCACCAUCGAAAUCAUUGGCUAAUUUACAUGUAAGCAUUGAAACUACAUAUAUGUCGCGAAAAUUGCGAAAUAAAAUCAACAAAAAAUUUGAAAAUUCAUAUUCAAGUUCCUGUGUAUGAGCUAAAGUAAAGAAGAAAAAAACAUUUCAAUUUAUUUGUCUAUGUUUCCGGGGGGAAUUUGUGUUUCGAUAUUGUAAAAUGUCGAUUUAUGAAUAUGUUUAUAUACAAUUUUUUUUAAUUUGAUUUAGGACAAAUUUUUGGCGAUAUUUUUUCAAUUAAAAUUAUAAACAAAACUUAAAGCUAAAACAUAAAACCGCUUCUCAAAACUUUAGAAAAUGUUUUUUUUUUUUUUGUAAUUGUCUGGAGAAAAACAGCCUGACCAUUUUCAAUGUCAGGAAAUAUUUUGCGAUACAAAAAAUAAUACUCUGAUAUAUACGUACAUAUUUUAUAUGAAAACUGGGGAAACUAUUUUAAUUCAAUCGAAUCAUUGACAUGAAAAACAAAAAAAAAAUCAUCUUCAAAUUCAUCGAAAUUGUCUUUUCCAAAACAAAUUGGCCUAUCAAUUGCUCAAUUAUUGUUUUUCACUCUUUUUCACACUUUUCCAUGGUGGUGUAUAUGCUGUAUACAAAAAUUGGUAACUAAAUUUUUUUAAACAGAACAUGAAAAAUGCUAUAUAUUUUUUAAAUUUUAAAUUAUACAAUUGAUCCGGUAAUAGAUUCUAAGUCUGUGAAUAAAAUGGAGGAAAAAAAUACAUAGAAAUGAUUUAAAUUUGGUAAAUACGAUAUAGAUCCGUAGAAAUAAUCGCAAAUGGUAACAAUAAUAAAAUCACAAUUUUAAACUAAAUUAGAACGGUAAUUUAUAAUGGGAACUAUAAUGUUUUUUUCCUCGCUCUGUCAACUAGUAAAGUGUUGAACGAAGAAUGAAAGGUGCAAAUUUAAACUUCCUUAGAAAAACAGUGUAUUUGUAAUGUUUUGCCAAAGAAUUGCACAAAAAAACAAACACAUAUAAUUUGUUUGGAUUAUGCUUGGUUAGGUCACACAAAUACCCACUUAAAAUCCAAAAACAAAACCACUAAAUCUUUUCGAACAUCGGAAUGACUAUGUUUUUUACGUUUACAAAAUUUAUAUUUAUCGAUAUUUUCCACAUUGGAAGAAAUAAUGAAAGAGAAAAAAUGCAUAUGAAAAUUAAAUCAUACAGGUACCAAUUAGCGAAAUGUCUUUUUUUAAGAAAAGAAAAUGAUUUCAUAUCUUCAAUUAUACUUUGGAUCAGCUUUUGAAACCCGAUUUUAUAUCUGAUAUGUUCAUUUGUAACAUUUGAUUUUUAUCAAAUAAUAAUUACCGAUAUUUAUCAACACAUAAAAAAAUAUAAGCCAUUUUUCGACUGAAAACUAUAUUCCAACAAGAAACCGCGUUUUUUUGUUUCUUUUUUUUUUUUAAAUCAAUGAAUGAAAAAAAACAACAACUAUAAAAACAUAUGUCUAUUAAAUGUAUAAUCCAACCUAAUCAAAACAACAUGAAUCAAUAAUAUAUAUACUCUUAUCCACUUAGGUUGUUUUUUUCGCCUCUAAUCGUAUUUGUUUUAGUCGAUUUUCAAUUUAAGCAAACUAAACGAUCACUCACAAUCUAGUCACAAUUGAUCGGAUUCUUUGAUCGUUUGCUUAUUGUUUUUCAUAUACUACCAAUGUGUAUUAGUUAAUUUAAUAUUUUUCUCACUACUUUCUUUGAAUAUAUAUGUGUCAUCAAUAAACA